UAGCACCCAGGAGAAACUCAAUGCCCUCGACUCCAACCUCAAAGCUCGUGUGGCCGAGCAGAACAACUCUCGUAACAAGAUCGCCUUCAAGAACGUUGACGAGAUUGACAAAGAGAUUGCCCGCCUGGAAAAGGAUGUUGACUCUGGCAAGAUGCGCCUUGUUGAUGAGAAGAAAGCGCUCUCUGAUAUCUCCAGCCUUCGCAAGCAACGUAAGAACUUUGCUGGUUUGGAUGAUGGCCAAAAGAGCAUCGAUACCUUGAAGAAGCAGAUUGCUGAGCUGAAGAAGACUCUUGACAACCCCGAGGCUCGCGCCUUGAGUGACAAAUACAACGAGAUCCAGAAGGAGCUUGAUGCUAUUAAGGGCGAGCAGGAUUCUGCUUUCAAGAAUCUCAACUCUCUCCGUGAUGAGCGCACGAAACUGCAGAAGGACCAACAGGCCAAAUUCACAGCAAUCCGUGAAAUCAAGGACGCCUACUACAAGGCUCGCAAGGCUUACAAGGAACACGAGGACGAGGCAUGGAAGGCGCGCAGGGAACGCCAGAAGGCUGAACGUGAAGCUUUCGAGCGCGAGAAGAAGAAGAAGAUUGCUGAUAAGAAGCUUGAGGAGGCCUCUCACCCAGCUUACAGUGAUGAGAUCUUGACUGCCCAAGGUCUCAUUCGUCACUUCGAGCCUUCUUAUGACUUCGCUGCUCUCGGUCUCGAUGAUAGCAAAAGGACCACUGGUGGUACUUUCCGCGCUGAGAUCGGCCGUACCGUGGACGACGCGAACAUCAAAGGUGUCCGUAUCGUGAAGAAGGAUGAUCGUGAUGACGACUACUUCAUUGGCACCGGUGGUAAGAAGGGCAAGAAGGGCAAGAAAGUUGCCAAUGGCUCCCCUGCUCCAAGCACCCCAACGGAUGGCAAAUUCAACCUCAGCUUCGGCGUCAUUGAGGACUUUGCCAAGGUCAAGGUUGACCAGCCAAUGAGCCAGGCAGAUGUUCCGGCUGUAGUGGAGAAGCUGGCAGCCAAGAUCACCGAGUGGAAGAAGAACCAGGCUGCUAAGACCCAGGAGGUAAAUCAAACCCACAGCCUGUUUAUAUCAACUCUAUAAAGCUAAUCAUAUAUAAAUAGAACAUCAAGAAGGCUAAAGAGGAAAUCGACCGUCUUGAGGAGGAAUCUCAGCGCGCCACCGAUCAUGCCAAGAAGGUCGCCCAAACCAAUGCUGGCGUUAAUGGUCACGUUUCCGCCGAGGCUGAAGCUAAGCAGGAAAACGACGGUGCUGCUGACGCUGCCGAGGAACUCCAGAAGGCUUCCAUCGAGGAUAAGGAGUAGAAAAUGGA